CAAAACAAACGUCAGUCAGAUGGCAAGUUUUCAAAUUGCAGUGAAAAGCUCUUUAUUUUGGACCCUAAAUUAGAAAAUGAAGCAAAAAUAACACAUAAGAAUGGAACCUUACUUGAAAGAAAGCCAUCCAAUUCCUACGAUGCAAAAUCAAGAUGUGAAUAAAACCGAAUCGGUUGAAAACUUUCAGAAAUUCAUUUACGAUUUGUUUGAUAAAAAUGGUAUUCUCAACGACUUGAGAGCUUAUUUACGCGGGCAUAUUGUUGAUGUGUUAAAAAGUGCGCAAACUGGAGAUCCUCCGUCAUGUCAAAAGCAGUUUACGCAGCGUCUGGACUCUACUUUCCAGGCUUUGAAUAUGCUAGUUGCAGAGUAUUUGCUAUGUUUGGAUUUCAACUACAGCCUCUCUGUGUUUGUGUCAGAGAUACCGUUAGCCAACAUGGUGUUUGGUCUCGCCAAGUCCCUCAUGGGCAUGGAUGCCGACGGAGAGGCCACCAAACUUAGGUUUGGGGAAAAUGAUGUGUGGUCCAUAUUGAACUGUUUAGGUGUUAAGUGUGACUCCGAGCAUGCCAACGCUAUUGUAGACAUGUAUAAGACACAGGAAAAGACUCCACUAUUGCUAUGCAUUCUUAAGUGUGCACAGCUGUGUGAAAUGGAAGAAAAUGAAACUGUAUCACAAGGCAGUAUCUCCUCCAGCUCAAAGAGUUCCCUGGAUAAGCAGUCGAUCGGCUCGCAAUGUAAACACGACACAUUCUGUAAAGCCUGUCGCGGACGAUACAGAAGGCUAAAGGAGAGAUAUAGGAAGAAGAAGGCCCGUUAUUUGCAGAAGGCACAAGCGAAGGCAAAAGCACUGAAUGUGGAAACUCUUAUCAAGAAUAUCAGUGAAUUGGAACGAAGCCUCGUUGACGAGAUGUUCGAACAAUUGAAGACUGUAUACGAGUCGGAGUUAGACAUGUUCAAGGCGGAACACGAAGGGAAACUCAAAAACUCACUCGCCAGCCAUGUGGAGCACUUCCAACGGAUGCAAAAAGAGUUGGAAGAAUCGUACAAAGCCCGCGAAGAGGCUCUAAAAGCGACCAUCGUCGACAAGAAGCGCUUCCUGUGGGGGCUCGCGCAGGCUCUGAGGGCGCAGCACUCGCAGAUGACCAAAGCCAUGCAGGCUGUCCAGAAACAGACGGAGGAAAUCGCUCAACAGGAACAAAACCUGAAACUGCAGCGGACAGAAGCCGAAGAAUCUCUAAAGAAACGUGCUGAAGAAAUGAGACAGCAAAUAGCAGAAGAACUGAUCAUUCUAGAACGACACUUAGACACCAUGAAAAGCGAGCGAGAAAUCAUCAAUAGGGAGAGAACGAACUCUGAAACCAAAAUAAACAAUGAAGUUCAAAACUACUUACAAAACCAUUAUCAUCUAUGGAAAGAAGAGCUAAAUGUACUGAAGAUAUAUAUGGAAAAUGCUACGAUUCGGCCUAAGAGUGUAAUAGAAAGGAGUACGAUAACUGAUGAUGUGUUUAAGGGGAUGAACAAUGAGAUUGAGAGAGACAGAGUGGUUAGAGAAGGAAGGCCUAACCAGGUGGUUAAUGAUUUGAAGAAACAGAAGAAUGUUAAUUUUAAUCAGGCCAAGUCGGAAGCCGAGUCUCGCGGCAGUCGCGGCUCUUCGAGUUCGGAAGACGAACGUCUUAUGCGCAGCGAGAGACAGUCAACACACGUCAGGCCGGUAUCUCCUCAGCGCGCACCCGUUUCACUUCUCGAGCAGAGCAAACGAGAGACAGAGUGUGGUUGGCGAAAAGGUGCUGGAGAAGAGCGCUCUAUACUUCCUAGUGCAAGAAUAUUGGUUCCCGGCGACACCAUACCGUUUGUCGGCGUCGUCGGCCGCAGGAGCGACAGCCGCAGAAAAGGUGCCGGAGAAGAGCGCACUAUACUCCCUAGUGCAAGAAUAUUGGUUCCCGGCGACACCAUACCGUUCGUCGGCGUCGUCGGCCGCAGGAGCGACAGCCGCAGACAUCUGCUGAACCGCUGGCGUAUGCUCCGCCGCCGCGUGUCACCGUUCGACGCUGUGCUAGCGCACCCCGAGCCGCCCGACACACCCGCGAAAAACGUCGGAAUCCGAGUACAGUCUUCGGAACACAUUCGUAACACAGGAGAGAUUCACCAGGAAGCUUUGACAUCAACGCCGACUAGAGAUAUACGACCUACAGUUGAUACAGCAACGGAAUCGCCAAAACCAAGGGAAAAAAGCCCCCGGUCCGUCCUGAAGGAAGCUAAAGAGAAAUUGAAAACCGUGACCCGAGCGUCGGCCUCGCGCGAGAAGAGUCCGAGCGCGGUGCUGCGCGAGGCCAAGCGCCGGCUCCGCAAGCUGGAGAUCGAGGCCGAGGCCGUCGAGCGCUCCUACAUGGAGUUCCGUCACCGCCGGGACCAAGACCCUCAACGGGAUGAUCUAUCGCCUUGCAUACCAACCACGGCAAGCAAAUUGUCGACGCAUCACAGGGAAGAGGCACCCGAACCCAGAUCACAACUGAAUACGACAGAUUCAGUGCAUUUAGACAUAGAGAAAUACCUCAAGAAGUACCAAAUCAAUCUCGACUUAGGACAAGACCACUUUAAAAACAAAAAUACCGCCGCCAAACUAAAGAAUCCAGUGCCGGAAGCUUAUUCCGAAAUUAAUAGGAAAUUUAAACCCAUUCCUAAACAAGACUACUUAGAAAAACCAAUUUUAGAAUUUAGAAAAUUAUACUACUCUAACCCAGAACGGGUACAUCACAAUCAAAUAUCUCUGGACAGUGAUGAGCCCUUAUGUAGAAGCAGAGAGAGUGAUGCAGAGGCUCAAAAAGAACAAUGUUCGGAUAUGAGAAUAGAGAAAGACAAUACAAGAAAAGAGCUAGAGAUACUUAAGCAAAGUAUAACCAGAAACUACGAUUUGCAAGAUCUGCCAACGAAAGACACUGUUGACAUAUCGAACGAGGAAAAGAUAGCCGAUAAUCUUUUGUUAGUAGAAGUAGAAAAUGUUAGUGAGGUGAAAGAGAUAAAUGUUGAAGAUCAAGCAGACAUGGUAGUAGUUAUAGAAAGCUCGGUGGAUUCCAAGGAAGUGGUGUCAGAGCGAGAUGAUAUCGCAGAACCAUCGUCCAAAAUGACCAUAGUCAUCAGUCCAAAGCAUACAAAGGAAAAUAAUAGAACUCCAUCGGUGCAAGAAAACAUUAUUACAGCGAAAGAAUAUUACGCAGCGAGCGGCGAAAAUUAUUCUCCAGAGAAUAUACAAAUAGCAUUACGAAAUGAACCUGACUCUGAACUACAGAUACCGGCUCAUAAUUCCGUUUUUGAGACUAUAGAAGUGGUGGAGGAUUAUACCGAUGACUUUUCGGACGAUGUGGACAAUUAUAAGGCGGAUGAUAACUCCCCUAUAUCCCUCCCGAAAACAUCCGAAGAUGAAAACUUUUGGGAUUAGUAUCUACAAAUGAAACAAAUCUCAUCAUAGUCAUAAUUUAUUUUUCUAAUGUUUAUUGUGAAUUAAACAUAUAAUAUAAAACAUACAUAUUAUUUUACAUCUCUUUUAUAUAAAAGUACAAACAUUCGUAAACAUAUUUCUUAGUGAACAUUCCACUCGCAUUUUGGCAUUUAAACAGGACAGCACAAAUUAAAUCAAAACUAUAAAUGCUAACGCAGUGAAUAAUUUUUAUUGUCUUAUUACGAAAUGCAAUCUAGAAACAUAAAAUAAAACCUAAAAAUAUCAUCAAUACAGACUCCUAAUCGUGAGAUUUUUAAAAUAACUAACAUUAUGCUGCCAUUUACUGCAAUGUCUUCGGGCAAAGAUUAAUUUCAUGUCUUUCUAAUAUAAGGAUCAAAAGAAACAGCAUUCAAAAAUCUUUGCCCUAAAUGACCCAAAAGUGCCUUCAACAAACGACAUAGAACACAGAGUGUGCAAUCUUAAGAACUAAGUGACGUCAUAAGUGUCAUAACUCACACUGUAUUUAAUUAAUCAUACUUGGCUAAUUUUGAACACACAUUGGAUCACACCUUGUUGUUUAUUGAACGAUUAUGUUCAAACUAUUUGAAAGUUAUUCAUUAUUUCACAUGUGCAUUCAUUAUGGACAUUCUAAUUUUAGCCGUGCACUAUUUUAAAUCCAUUGAAUGGAU